AUGAUUAGAGAAAGUGCUGAUUGGCCAAACAGAGCCUCAUGUGGGGCUCUCUGCUCCACUACCUGCGUGUGGCUCGCCCAGGACAACUUCGGCGACACCUGGCCGAACAAGGUCAUUAUCGCCAGCUCGUCCGCCCUGGACUUGUUGGAUGUCAUGAAGCUGCAGUCCAAGGCACAGGGCAUGGGUGUUGUUCUGUGCACAGAGACGCAUUGGAGUCUCUUGUGCAUUCGUAUGGGCGCAGCUGCAGCCUACCUUUACGAUGGUGUCGGCUGCAAGAAGACGUGGGAGCUGGCUGAAGCAGUAAUGUCGCACGUGAACGAGCGCCAGAAAUGUGCUGCUGCAGCUGUGCGAGGUGACUUUCCGCGGCAGGAAGAUGGUUGGUCUUGUGGCCAUCGACUGGUGAAAGCCUUCCAGUACUUUCUCCGCAGCUUCACUGACGGUGUGUGGCCCCCUGCCAUGCCGGCAGACGAGUUCACCCUGGAGGCCAUCCGCGAUUUUUGCGAGGGCCAGGAUGACCCUGAAAUUUCUGACGAGGAGGAUGAACCUCCACUGAGCAAGAAGCCUCGCCUGGCUUCCAGCGGUGCAGCUGCCUCCGGGUCUAACGUGCCGCUGCAGGAUUCGAAAGCGCCGGCGGAGGAGGAGUCCGAAGCAGAUGUCAACCCUGCACUCAAGAAGCGACGGGAUCAUUUCGGCCCUCUGGUCCCGACUGCCGCGGACUCAGCUCCGGAAGCGAACGAGGCGGAGGGCGUGCAGAAAGAGCCAAAAAAAAGAAGCGAGUCGAUCCGACAUACAAGAAAGGCCUGGAUCUUGCUGCUAGACUGGGUGUGGAUGCUGCUGUUGUUUUCCAGAAGGCCCACGCGCAAGCGCGGGCAACUAACAAAGAAGGUCAUUGGAAGGCUUUUCUGUCGGCUCUGGCCCGGGACGGUGUGCUCCGCUGUCCGGUAUGCCGCCAGCUGCGAGAGAAAGCCACUCCUGUCUCAUUGGUACCAGCCAAACGGGGGCCCAACCGGCGGCUCCGAAGUGCCACGCUUGAUAAGUUGGAUGCAGCAGGAGCGCUCAGCGGUGUACCGUCACAUCAGUGGGGCACGAUAUUUCUGCCGCAGCUGUGAUGCAGAAUGCUCUUUCUAUCGGGAGACCUUAUCAGCCAAGUACCAUGUUCUCGGACACGAGAGCUCCGCGAAACACAAACGUGGCCUUCAGAGGCUGGGUGCUGGGACGCCAACAAUGACGGCUCUUGUUCCAUGCGCGGGCAUUGACGUCAAGACAGCGGACUCCGUCCAGACUUGGAUCAGCCACGGGAUGAUGGCACUGCGGAAUGAAAGCGAGGCUGCCGGAGCAUUGAGCCAGGUCCGUGUCUGCGUGCAAGCGGGCACCAACAUCAUGAGACACAAGGACUGUGACGGAGGCCUGUGCGAGGGUGGACUUUGCCGGGAAUGCAAGAAAAUGAGUCGAGACAAGCGCAUGCUGGAAGCCAUUGCAGCAUGGGCGCGUCGCCUGGACGGCUCCAAUCUGAUCUACCUGUGCGUCUACAAGCCCAAGAGCUUGAAAAACAAGCUUGAGAGCAUGCUGGUCAGCGAUUAUGCUGCAUACAGCAACAAGUGUCGCCGAGAGGUGGAGACGUGCCUUCAGGUCUACGACGGCAUGGGGCGCUGUGCCUUGCACGAGCUCUGCAGAAGAUGGUGGCUGUGCCUGAACAGCGGGAACCUUACGCCGGAGCUAAGGCAGUUCAUCAGGUUGAAUGUGGCCGAUCUGGAGCUUCUGCGCUGCGAGCCUGAGGAGCAGUUGGCGUACGAAGCUCUAUGCGAAGGUUUCGACAAGAAGCUCUGCUGCAACAACGAGGAUCUGGAGCUCGCAGCAUACAUUGCAGCGGGGAAGAUGCGACCUCAUAUCGCAGUCAACGCCUUGCUACACACGUUCGUGCAGGCUGAAAGGCGAAUCAGUUCGGGCGCCGCCCCGCUUCGGCACAACAAGAGUCUCCCGGAUGAUGUCCGGAUAGAACUCGCCAGCAACCUUGGCCAGAGCGAGGCUGCUGUCCUUUCCAUGUUUCAUGUGACCACCCGAGGAUCCCGCCGUGUCCGGAUGGAUUUUUGCAACCCCAUGCUGCCGGAGUUUUACAUCAGUCACACGCAGCCCCAGGUGCAGGAGAGAUCGUGCGCCACUGUGCAACGCCUCCUGGCGGGGGCCGACAGGCGCCUGCACAUAGCGAUCGACGAAACCUAUUGGCGACCCACCUUUAGUGCCAUCAGCCAUUUCGGUGGGAAGGAUGUGGCCAUCGUUGGGGGUGGUUGGACGCAGACGAGCAACAAGGCUCUGUUGCAGCGCAACGACCCGCGGGCCGACGCAGACCUGUCCAGGAUGAGCGUCAGCUUUGUGGCCACGAGAUGCGAUUGCAACAAGCAUACCUAUGAGCUCAACCUGGUUCCACUCCCCGGUAAGGAAGCCGCCGGCAGCAAGUCAGAGCUAUUUGUGCAGCUCCUGGGACAGCUGAUGGAACACUUCGAGAAGACUGGCCAGAAGACAACGCCAGUCAGCGUGGCGUGGGACGGCGUGGUUGCCACGACAGCUUUCACCGCAUUGAAAGCAUACACCUUGCACCACAACAGUGCCUCCAGGACCGUUCACCACGGAAUUUUCGCGACUGAUCUACGCUGCCUCCGCAAGAACGGCCUGGCAAUCGCAGCUUUCACCAACAGGGACGGCCAAUCCGACGAAGCCUCAUUUCAACGCAUGAGCACAGCAUAUUUGAACAGUAGCUGGGAAAAUCAGGGUGUCCGCAUCUAUAUCUUCCUUGGAGAGCUCCUCUCGUCCAUUUGGAACUGUGGGCAAAGCCCACGGGCCACUUUCACGAACGCCAUGACAGGCUUUUAUCUGCUUUUGCUUCACGUCUCCGAAGCCAAACGCAUUUGGGGAGCCGACUGGCGUGAGAAAGCUCUUCUUCCGCAGACGGUCCGAAACUUGCUGCACAUGGCAGCACACGCUGCCCUGGCUGCCAGGUUCAACUGCGAUCCAUCCACUCCCUGGCACCUUCGAUCGCGGCAGGAGCGGCACGCGACACCCAGCGCCGGGGACCGACUAAAACGUGACUGCUCUCCUCUGCGGGCCUGCUGGCGUGGCAACCCGUCUCUGGCCAACGCCAUCUACUCCACGCAGCUGGAGCAUCUCAAGAGCUUGCGGGACAGCCAGAACUUCAAGCCACCCGAGUUUGCGACUGCGUAUGCCAUUGAUGAGCAAGAGGCCACCGAACUGUCCCAACAGGCCUUAUCUGAUGCAUGUUUCUUGCAGAGCUCUUGGAGCAAAGCUCGCACAGCAUCGUCGCUGCACUCUGACCUCCUUCACUGGUUCCAAGUCGAAGGCUGCUCGUUCGUGACGAGCAACAGAAUCCAGGAGGGCUGGAUGGAUGGCUCUGCAGAUGAUGACGUCGAAGAACUGGUUGGCUGUUACUCGGAGGAGGCCAUCGAGGAUCCGGCUGGUGACCAGUUGGAUCUGGACGCGGAGCAGGCGCUCCAGAACUGCGAUGACCAUCUGCGUGUGCGCAAGGAGCUAGAGCUUGUGCUUGAGUCCUUGGAGACGGCCGUUCCGGAGGCAGCAGUGCCGCAAAAGGAGGAGGCCAUCCAGCCGCGGGAAGCAGCUGUGCCAGUGAAGGACGAGGCCAUCCAACCGCGCAUCACUACGAGUGACUCACCGUCGGAUUUCAGUGCAUCCCAGCAAGCCGAGCGCCAGCGAGAUGCUGAUCUCGAUGUCCACCGCCUGGUGGAGCACUUGCGUCAGUUACCUGCUUUUCAGCAGACCCCAACCUCAGAAAACAGCCUGUCAUUGCUGUUACAGCGGGCUGAGGCCAGCCGCGAGCCGAUGUUCCGAUUCGCAAGGGCAGUACAAAUGAAAGAGCGUUUUCUGUCCGCGGCGCAGAUUCAAGGGGCUGCUGCAAAGCCGCUCAACGGGUGGGAUGCCGUAGAACACGAACUCGCGCUGGCGCGCCAAGCGUCCAUGCUCACCCAGAGCGGUGAAAGGAUGGGCCGCAUAGCGGCGUGGACCCAGCAGCAAGCUCUGAUGCACGGUACGCCCAGUGCGAAAAGCUGGGACGGCCAGCUGCAGCGCGUCACUCAUUUCGGAGCAAGUGACGACCAGAUCCUGCUGUUCCACCGUUGCGAUGGCUCAGUCGGAUUGUGCUAUCCGCUGACAACCUUCCGCGGCGCCGUGCUUGGAGGAAUCAACGCGCCAAGACGUCUUCGAGUAGCAAGGCCGAGUGCAUCGCCGUUGCCAGCCGGACUAUGCAAAGCUGUGCGGGCAGUGGAGAUGGUUGAAGCUUCUACAGGUGUUUGGCUGGCCACGGCCCUGAAUCCAGUCAUCAUGCUGGACACCAAUAACGUAUUGGCAGAGGUCAAGGCUUACCAGACUGUGCACACCGAGAGCCGGCUGACGAUCAAGCUUACGCAGCAGGCCCUUGCCAUCGGUGAUCGGUAG